GCAAGAUUUAUUUUGUAUUGUCUUAACAAGGCAACCUCAUCAUUUUUUGUUCAGAAACAAGCGUCUUCAUUCCCUUGUGGGUUUUGAUCCAUUCCCUCUGUUCUUGAAAACCCAAAAAAGGAGAUGAGAGGGAACCAUACUGUGUUGGUUUUGCUUUGGUUCCUUGGCAUUUAUGCCCCCACGUUGUUUUGCGCCAAUGUGCAGUAUGAUCAUAGAGCAUUGGUCAUCGACGGCAAGCGCAGGGUCUUGAUCUCUGGUUCUAUUCAUUAUCCUCGUAGUACUCCACAGAUGUGGCCAGACCUUAUUCAGAAAUCCAAAGAUGGAGGACUGGAUGUGAUUGAGACCUAUGUUUUCUGGAACUUACACGAACCAGUUCGAGGCCAGUAUAAUUUUGAAGGAAGGAACGAUUUGGUGAAAUUUGUAAAGACAGUAGCUGCAGCGGGUCUCUACGUGCAUCUCCGGAUUGGUCCAUACGUGUGUGCUGAAUGGAACUAUGGUGGUUUCCCUCUUUGGCUACACUUCAUUCCUGGAAUUAAGUUCAGAACUGACAAUGAACCGUUCAAGGCAGAAAUGAAAAGAUUCACUGCUAAGAUUGUGGAUAUGAUAAAGCAAGAGAAACUCUAUGCCUCACAGGGUGGACCUGUUAUUUUAUCUCAGAUUGAAAAUGAGUAUGGAAACAUUGAUGUACACUAUGGUGGUGCUGGUAAAUCCUACAUCAAGUGGGCAGCAACAAUGGCUACAUCUCUUGAAACUGGGGUUCCCUGGGUCAUGUGUCAGCAGGCAGAUGCUCCUGAUCCAAUUAUUAAUACUUGCAAUGGAUUUUACUGCGAUCAAUUCACACCAAACUCAAACACAAAACCAAAAAUGUGGACUGAGAAUUGGAGUGGAUGGUUUCUUUCAUUUGGUGGUCCUGCUCCUCACAGACCUGUGGAAGAUCUUGCAUUUGCUGUGGCACGUUUUUUCCAGCGAGGUGGAACAUUUCAAAAUUACUAUAUGUACCAUGGAGGGACCAACUUUGGCCGAACUUCUGGAGGACCUUUCAUUGCUACAAGUUAUGAUUAUGAUGCACCAAUUGAUGAGUAUGGAAUUAUUAGACAGCCUAAGUGGGGUCACCUUAAAGAUGUGCAUAAGGCCAUAAAGCUUUGUGAAGAAGCAUUGGUAGCUACUGAUCCAACAAUUAAAUCUCUUGGUCCAAACCUAGAGGCUGCAGUUUACAAGACAGGAGCUGUAUGUGCUGCCUUCCUUGCCAACGUGGGCACCACAUCAGAUGUAACUGUAAAUUUCAGUGGCAAUUCAUAUCACUUGCCUGCAUGGUCUGUGAGCAUCUUACCAGACUGCAAGAAUGUAGUGCUUAAUACUGCUAAGAUUAAUUCUGCAUCUGCGAUCUCAAGCUUUACAACUGAAUCUUCAAAAAAUGAUAUUGGUUCUUUAGAAGCUUCUAGUUCAAGAUGGAGUUGGGUAAGUGAACCAGUGGGUAUUUCAAAGGCUGAUUCAUUCUCAAAAACUGGAUUACUGGAGCAAAUAAAUACAACAGCUGAUAGAAGUGACUACUUGUGGUACUCAUCGAGCAUUGAUCUCAAAGAUGAUGCUGGUGCAAAAACUGUCCUUCACAUUGAAUCACUUGGUCACGCCCUUCAUGCUUUCAUCAAUGGGAAGCUUGCAGGGAGUCAAGCAGGCAACAGUGACAAAUCUAAGCUCAAUGUGGACAUCCCCGUCACUCUAGUGGCUGGAAAGAACACAAUUGAUCUGCUGAGUUUAACCGUGGGACUUCAGAACUAUGGAGCUUUUCUUGAAUCAUGGGGAGCGGGGAUCACUGGUCCAGUGAUAAUGAAAGGUUUGAAGAAUGGCAACACUCUUGAUCUCUCCUCCAAGAAGUGGACAUAUCAGGUUGGCCUCAAAGGUGAUGAAUUAGGUCUGUCUAGUGGAAGUUCUGGAAAGUGGAAUUCACAAUCUACCUUCCCUAAGAACCAACCACUGACUUGGUACAAGACAACCUUUGUUGCUCCAUCCGGAAGUAAUCCAGUUGCAAUUGACUUCACGGGGAUGGGAAAAGGUGAGGCUUGGGUGAAUGGACAAAGCAUUGGGAGAUACUGGCCUACAUAUGUCUCUUCAAAUGCUGGUUGCACGGACUCAUGCAAUUAUAGAGGACCUUAUAAUUCAUCCAAAUGUCGCAAGAAUUGUGGAAAACCAUCGCAGACAUUAUACCAUGUACCACGAUCAUGGUUGAAACCAAAUGGCAAUACUCUUGUAUUGUUUGAGGAAAGUGGAGGAGAUCCAACACAAAUAUCUUUUGCAACAAAACAGAUAGAAAGUUUGUGUGCACAUGUAUCUGAAUCUCACCCGCCAUCAGUAGACUUGUGGAACUCAGAUACAGAAUCAAGAAGAAAAGUAGGGCCUGUACUGUCACUCAAGUGCACUUAUCAGAAUCAAGUAAUCUCUUCCAUUAAAUUUGCAAGCUAUGGAACACCCCUUGGGACCUGUGGGAACUUAUACCAUGGACGCUGCAGCAGCAAUAAGGCUAUGUCCAUUGUUCAGAAGGCCUGCAUUGGUUCAAGCAGUUGUAGUUUUGGAGUAUCAGUUGAUACAUUCGGAGACCCUUGUAGAGGAGUGACAAAGAGUUUAGCUGUUGAAGCUACUUGUGCAUAGACAGAAACUCUUGUUGGUUCAAGACCCUUCGUGCUAUGCCAAAGUGAAAUUGUA